AUGGCGGACGUCCAUGCCGACGACAACUUUCCCGAGCACCGCCGACCCCCAGUGACACCCGACGCGCACCGCCGCCAAAGCCACGAUGCGGCCGCCGAGUCGAGCAGCGCCGGCAGCAGCCGCUCCGCAGCCGCACCAGACCUGCUCACCCGCGAGCGUCUGCUGCUGCACCAGUCGAGGCUUGCCGCCGAGCAGACGUACGGGCCGGUACGAUACGACACGACGAGAAGGACGAAGCGCAGAGACAGACCGAGCGGCUCGUUCCUGCUCGACGGGGGCGGCGUCCGGCGCAGCCACAGCUCUCGUCUCCCGAAACCCACCGUUGCUGCGCCCACGGCCCGUACUGGUGCCACGACCGACUCGCUCUCCAACACGCCCGAAUCCGCGCGAUCGAUUGCUCUACGAGAGCAAGCCUUGCGAGUAGCGUCCGAUCCCUUCGCCGGAAAGCUGCUCACGCCGUCUCCGGAGGCCACUCACAACCUGAGCACCGGCUCGCUUAACCAGCCGUCUCCUGCAUCGUCUCUGAACAGUCAUGCGGCCACUUCUGUCGACGCCGACUCCACGCAGAUUGUCAACAUGGCAUUGAACUUGAGUGAAUCUCGCCGUCUCGCCUCUCGUCGAAACGUAUCUCGCGCCGCUCCUCCCAAACUCCUGCCUUUGCCCGAUUCAGCUACCUCCAACGACCUCCGCCAACAGCUCAAGCAGCAACGCCGAUCCUCUCGGAACAUCUCUCCUCGCCCGGCACUGAGCAUGAUACCCAGACAAAACACAGGCUUGUCAGUGUCAAGCCCACUACUCUCCAGCUUCCACAUGGGACAGGACGAUAUGUAUCGCUAUCACUUUUCCGCCUCGACCCUAGCCCGCGCCCAGAAAGCAAAGGAUCAGCUCGAGCUUAUGGCUCAAUACAGAAGGCUCCUUGACGUCUUGCCGCCCCUGAAGCCAGCGCACCUACGACUCGUUGCGACGAGUCCACCGGCGUCCCCUGCGGGUGGCGCAAAGGCUUUCGCUUGGACUUCCAACACUGUCCAGCUGGGGCGCAAGUACAAUCCGCUGCAGUACAUCCGGAACAGAAAAGUAAGGGCUCGCGAGAGAAAGAUUAUUGACGGCGAGAGGCAGGGGUUUGGAGAAGUCGACAUUGUCAAGUCUUGGGUCGAGAGAUGUGAGCAAAACAUCGCUCUGCAACAGCCAGAAGAUGAAGCAGAGUACAUGGUCCCAUUCUCCAGUGCCGACGAUCCAGCUGCACAGUCUGCACCUGACCCUGUGGCGAAGGCGGCUCGAAACCGUCGGCCGCGCGUGGACUGGUUCAUUGAACCGUGCGACAUGAUUGCAGAUGCCUACUGGCUCGAGCAACAUCAGAAUAAGGAACUGAUCGAAGAUCGCCAUUGGCGCAGGAUCUUCCCUCCCAACUCUGAACUCUCUCGACCCAUGUCGCGAGAAAGCGAAGAGCCUAGGCACUUCAUGCCCUUUUCCCCAGGCACUAUUAGCCGUGUGCCGAACCUGCCCGAAAUCCAUCACACACAUCGGGGCCAUGGCGCAGAGCAUGGUCGGCAGCCUGUCAUCGACCGUGCUAGAGAGAAACUCAGUCAUAUCAAAGACUCAAAUCACUGGCAUGUCUCUGAUCACCUUUAUGCUAGACCUCGCUCUAAAAAAGACUCGGCUUCCGAAUAUUCAAAAAGCGACAACGAGGCGCGCAGCCAGACAAUCCGCGACACUCGCAGGCGUGCAGAAACCAAAGAUGCGCAUCCAGGUGAUAUCUUGCAUAAGCAAAUGCUGGAGAUGAUUGCCAAGGAAAAUAGAGGCAAGGAUGUUUUGGAUCUUGCAGGUAUUGAACAUUUCGUACCUUCCAGCAUGGCAAGCCCAGAGCGAAACCUGCGCUCGAAAUCAAGCAGCCGCCUGCAGAGUCGCAGAGAAUCCUUCCUGGAGACCAGCGACCAGGAGCAUAGGGGUACCUUUGAAAGGAUGCACAAGACUUCUCCUUCUCGAUUCCGCUCUGAAGACCAAGUCAUCGACGGGCCUCGUCUCCGAGCACCCAGAUCGAUAGAUAACGACUCAUCACUGCCCACGUCACCAGAGCUGCGGCCCUCUAGAAAGGCUACGCUCGAGUCUGUGUCUCUAGAGCUGCCGGCUCCCUGGAGCCGCUCAGGGUCUCCUUCUAGACACGACGCGGCAAAAAGUCACACAAAUUCCGAAGCCAGGCUUGGUGCGGAUAGAGAGGCAGUUGCAGGCAGUAGAGCGGACACGCUUCCGCGAGGGACGAUUAGCUAUCCACCUCCUCUGGAAGGGGAACCAUCUCUAUUAAGGAAUUCCUCGGCCCCCGUCGCUGGGGAGACCAUCAAAAGCCAUCGCCGCAUGGGAAGCCUACUUCAGCGCACUGAUGACCCCAACUCAGGUCUUCGUGGCAUUUUCAAGGGACCACGCAUUGAUACGGUCUUAAGAGGUGGCGUAUCUCGCAUCGGAGAUAUCCUACGCAAAAAGGAUGGCUCUGGAGAAUCGCAAGAACUUGAGUCCACAGACGAGUCUGACAGCGAACACAACAGAGGAAGAAGGCGGGCGUCGAUGUCUCUGUCUCGCCGCACCUCCAAGAAAGAUCAGCCUAAAGAGCAGGCGUCGAAACACUUUCUCGAUGUCAUGCCACAGUUCCAGCACGCUUCCGGUUCUUCUGCCGAUAACAGCAUUCACAAGUCUGCAUCUUGGACGGCCCAUGGGGUUCAAAGCAGCGAAUCCUCGCGCGUCGACUUGCUCAAGCCUCCUCAGGCCGAAGUUCGAAGUCCAUCCAUGUCAACAUCUCCACCGCCGAACGGGGCGUCUCGUCCUGGGGAGUCUGACGUCUCCGAGGCCGAAUCGACCAAGGGUCGUGUUCCUCCCGGGGUCCGCGAAACUGACCGUCGACUCAACGCCAUCCUUGGAGACCCUGUCAGUCGCCGCUUCGACCGCAGCGAGCGAACCAAGAGCCGCCAGUGGUCGAUUGCGGACCAGGGUGCCAGGCAAAUCGAGCGGAGCCAGCUAUCAAGACGCGAGAUGGCGCGCGUCAAGACCCUUGUUCUGAGCUCCGGCAUCAAGGCCAUGGAAAUCAGCCGGCGCGCUCAGGAGACGCACAAGCCGUUCAAGAACGACGGCGCGAACAACAACGGGAGACUGGCCAACAUUGACUGGGACGGCAUCGCGAACCUGUGCCCUCAGAGCACAGGCCUUCACGAGCAAGCUGUGCCGCUCGCCGAGGCAUACACGCUCGCGGCACAGACGCUGACGGCCAAUGUACAGCUCUUCGGCCAGCGCUGGCAGGCGUCCGCGGACCGCUUCACGACGCACACGGGGCCGGAGCUGCAUCGGCGCGUCGGUGCGGUGCGCUCGCGCAUCGCUGACGACCUCGCGCCGCUGACGCGUGCUGCGGUUGAGGAAGCCGACGAGGCGAGCCGCGGUCUCGCACUUGACCAGCCCCUCCGCAUCAAGCACGUCGUUGACACCAUUGAGAAGAUGCUCCGCCGGCGCCGGCGCCGCCUGCGCUGGCUGCGCCGCGGCCUCUGGCUCAGCGUCGAGUGGCUCGUCGUCGGCUUCAUGUGGUACGUCUGGUUCGUCGUCAUGAUUCUCCGCGUCUUCUUGGGCAUCGGCAAGGGUCUCUGGGGCGGCGUCAAAUGGCUGCUGUGGCUGGCAUAG